GAGUCGCGACGCCUACUGCCUUCAUGUCAACCCAUGCCCGCGAUUCUUUUCUCAUGACGAGCGACCGUUCGCAGUAUUGUCCUUCCCACCAAUUACCAACCUUCCCAAAGACGAUAUGAAGCUGUUCAUAGUAUGGAACACGAAGAUGCUUCUGGCUUCGAGGACGAAGACCAGUUCUGGGCCGUUCUCGACAAGACAAUCUCGAAAGAAUGUGAUAAUCAUGGCAGCAUCGAUGAUACCUUGCGAUCCUACCUAGACCUAAUCGGAGCCGGUCGAGAACGCUUUCUACAGUCCGACUACGACCUGAGCGUAUGCGCCUACAGGCUACGACAGUCGGAUCUUUUUGCAACGCACACCGACUACAUACGGAGGCAGUUUAUCCAAUGCUUGAUCGAGGACGAUGAGCCGUAUGUCGUGUUGGUUGCGACACUGUUCCUCAUAGCCGAUGCACAAGCACACGAAGCGACAUACGAAUUGUUGAAUGACGAAGGCGCCUUUCCCAGACUCGUGGACUUGAUAUCAAGUCCAAAGAGACAUGGCCAUGAAGAGAUACACAGAUCCCUUAUGGAGCUGCUCUACGAAAUGUCCCGCAUCCAAAAGAUCAAAACCAACGAUCUGGCACACGUCGAUGAUGAGUUCAUCAAGUUGUUGUUCCAAAUCAUAGAACGGGUGUCCGACGAUGUAAAUGAUCCAUAUCAUUAUCCCACCAUUCGUGUUCUGCUGGUCCUAAAUGAACAAUUCAUGGUUGCUGCACACGAUCCUGAGAGCCCGCAGUCAGGAAUACCUCUCACCAACAAGGUGAUCAAGGUCCUCUCGGCUCAUGGAAGUGUUUACAAGACGUUUGGCGAGAAUAUCAUAUUGUUGUUGAAUCGAGAAGACGAGACUUCGCUGCAGUUGCUGACAUUGAAACUGCUGUAUCUGCUUUUCACCACUCCUCCGACCUAUGAAUACUUCUACACCAACGACCUUCGAGUUCUGGUUGACAUCUUGAUGCGAAAUCUACUGGACUUACCGGAAGAGGCCACGUCUCUACGGCAUACAUACCUGCGUGUCUUCUACCCGCUUCUCGAACAUACGCAAUUGCAAUUUCCCCCACAUUACAAGAGAGACGAGAUACGCAAACUGCUCAGCGUGUUGGGUGGAGGCCAAAUCACUGAUCAUACGGAAGAUGAGAACGGGGUCCAUCAUUGGGGUCAUUUUGAUGCGGUAGAUGAGACGACUAGACGACUUGUCAAGCGAUGCGAAGGCGUGAGCUGGCUGGCUGAUCCCGAAUCUGAGCCUCUCACACGCGUGGAGUCUCCUAUCGACGAUGGAGCAUCUGAUCUCUCCUCCCCAACCUCUCCAAGCAAAGGGAAACCACCUGCUCUACCGACGCCUCGCAAGUUGAAAAAGCGGAACUCUUCCAAAGCAUCCACGUUGACUAUCGGUCAGUAUCUUACUCCGCAACUUGAAGACGCCAGGAAAUCAAGCCUCAGUAUGAUGGAGGUAGCAGCACAGAGAGAGAAGCCCGGCGUUAUUACACCAAGCAGAAAUCCUACCAUGAAGCAUAAUCUUCGCACCGAAAUAAUGCACAAGAAAGAAAUGCCGCCACCUCCUCCGCAAGCGAGAAGAUCUGGCUGGAUGAGACCUAAGAUGCAAGGGCAGCCAACCGAGAUCGAAGUCGCUAAAGCGGAGUCCACCGAUUCAGCGCCUGAAACAAAGCCAGAAAUCCCUGAUCAUCACCAUCACCAUCACAGUCCGCAUCCACCUCUAUCCAUAAAUCGUCUAAAGCACCAACAAACACCGCCGCAGCAGAAGGAAGUGGGGAGAAGCUCUAGUCUGACGGGGCCGCCUCCUGUACCCUCACACCAUAAAGGCCAUUUCAACAAGAAGCCGCCACCUGCACCCAAGGCACGAAGGUGGAGAAAGGACAGCGGUGAUAAAGGUGUUCCCAGAGAACCCGGGAAAUUUAGUGCCAAUCUCCCGUCAAUCGUGACAACGAUAACAAGUGGAGAGAGACUUCCUAGCGACAGUUCCUUUUCAGCAUUCUCGUCUCAGGAGAAUACACUGAGUCCCCCGGGACCAGACUCCGCCAACAAUGAGAAGGUGGGAGUCAGGGAAGCUCUAGGAAAGGCCCAGGAGAAGGCCCAUGAGGAGAUUACAGAUACUUUGGAACAUGUUGAAUUUAAUGGGAAGUCGAGAGACGAGCGUCAGGAUCAACAAAAGCCUAGUGAUGAAGCGAAAAAGGAAGAUGGAGGUUUAGAAAACGUCCAAGAGGAUGCUGAAGAGUUUGACUUCGAUGAUGAUGCUGAAACGAGUCGGUCACAGUCCCAGGACGAUAUGGAUCAGGCGUUCCAUGAUGCAGCACAGUCUCUCUCCCACACAACUUCCCGUGCGUCACCCGCUCCUCGACCGCAGGAUCUGGAUUCGACGUUGGUCUCAAGUGCGACAACGAUGCCAGCCCCAAGAAUGGUUCUCACACCACCAGCGCAAGAACCUUUGAGGGGCGUGCCGGGGCCUCAAUACGCGUUGGAGCGCAGUCCUUUCUUGACCGAUGAAGAGACGGAAAGUGAUAACGAAAUUGAUGACAAUGAUGAGGAUAAUGGCACCAGAAGAAGGCAUGAGCAUGAGAGGAAACAAUGAGUUUUGAGUGUAUGGAGAACUGCACAUCAAACGAGACGACAUCCAUGAAUGAAUGAUGGAAGAUGCCGAGUUAGGCAUGCC